UGAAGUUUCUAGGAAAAGCUGUCACGCAAGGAUUCUUUCUACUCACAACCAUAAAAGGCCACGAAUUCUAAGAACGACAAAUAAAAAGAGGGAAUUUUCCCUGGCUUGUAAGCCGUGGCCGUGAGGGUCGCGAACCGUAUACUGAGUGCAUCUUUAAGUUGUAUCGCAUGCACACCGCUAAGCUAAAAGAUUGUGUUAAACUUGAAUCUAACACGCCAACAGGCUUGAGAUGGCUAUGGCUGACUGGGACGAAGAAAGAGCAUUUAGGUGUUUUAGGGCAUUACGUCUCGAAACAUCUGGACGAAAAUUGUUGAAAGAGAAAUACGAUGUCGUAACCGCAAUCGACUUUGGAACAUCUUUCAGUGGGUUUGCUUUCUCUUUUAACCACAUAGACGGAAGUGAUGACAUUUACAUGAACAGAGAAUGGGGAAGUGCUCAAGGAUACUCUACCCUGAAAACACCGACCUGUAUACUGCUAAACCCGCAGAAGAAGUUUGUCAAGUUUGGGUUCGAAGCUGCUGAGAAAUAUGCAGAGCUGGAGGAUGCCAAUGAUCAGACGUUCUAUUGCUUUGAUCGUUUCAAAAUGAUGCUUCACGGUAGUGAGGGAACAUUGUGUAGGGAUACUCUUCUACAAGCACGAAACGGAAAGCGUAUGCGUGCACUUGACAUCUUUUCAAAGGCUUUGGAAUAUCUGAAAGACAAAGCUCUUGAAGCAAUACACAAACAGAGUGGAGUGGAGUAUACCGCUGAGGAGGUACUUUGGGUUGUCACUGUUCCAGCAAUAUGGAAACAAUCGGCCAAGCAGUUUAUGAGAGAGGCUGCUUACAAGGCAGGCCUUGCUUCGUCAAAAAAUUUGAAGCAACUUUUUAUCGCUCUGGAACCAGAAGCUGCGGCAGUGUACUGCAGACAACGCAAACUGAGGGAGUUUGUGGAGAGAAAAGGCGAAGAAGUAGUGAAGGACACUUUAGUUCCAAUAAAAACACGGUAUCUGGUGAUUGAUAACGGAGGUGGAACAAUGGAUGUUACAGCACAUGAGAUUGCAGAAGGGGAUAACAUCAAAGAAAUCUACCACGCUACUGGUGGAGAAUAUGGUGGCACCAAAGUCGACAAAGAAUUUGAAGUUCUGCUAGAGAGGAUAUUUGGAAAGGUGUUCAUGGAUGAAUUUCGUCGCUCUCAUCCCUCAGACUGGCUAGAGUUGACGAACGAUUUUGAAGUCAAGAAGCGUUCAGACCGCGCGAUGACAGAAGAGGUAACUAGAAUCAGACUUCCAGCUAACUUUAUCAACCUCUUGAGACAUGAGAACGGUAAUGAUUAUAAUCGCGUCCUCAGACGAAAUCUCGGUCCGCAAUACAAUGUCGAAGAGAUCAAAAUCGCGAAAGACUACUUAUGUCUUGGGCCAAACAGUGUCAAACACCUUUUUAAACCAGCUAUCGAGUCAAUUGUCGGUCAUCUAAAAAAGCUCCUGAAGCAAAACGCACUUAGAGGCAUUAAGAUUUUGUUCCUGGUUGGCGGUUUCUCCGAGUCUCCGCUUCUUCAGGCUAAAAUCUCCAAAGAAUUCGGAAGCCAGUACAGUGUCCUCAUCCCACGUGACGCCCAAACGGCAGUUGUGAAGGGCGCCGUGAUGUUUGGAAAGCGACCACAUAUUGUGGUGGAGCGAUGCCUUUCUGAGACAUUCGGUACGGACAUCCUCCAGUCAUUUGUGCCGAGUGUCCACCCAUUGGAAAAGCUAAAAAUCGUCGAGGGUGAAGCAAAGUGCAAAGACAUUUUCUCUAUCCUAGCCAGAGAAAACGAAACAGUAAAGAUUGGCGAAAGUAAGAAAACCUCCCGCUACAGUCCAGUUCGGGAAAAUCAGACAAGAGUUCGUUUCGAUUUUUUCACUUCUACCAAUCCAGAGGCACGUUACACCACAGAUGCGGGCGUCAGAAAGCUACCUGGCUACAUCGAAGUGGAGAGUCCUGACACAUCCAAGGGUAAGAAUCGUUCUAUAGAGCUAAGGCUCUUCUUCGAAACAGAA